CCACCAGAAGAUGUCGCCACUCCUCGAACUGCCACCACACGCGCCCAAUCGUCGGCCUUGAGCGAAGCUGCCGAAAAUCGAUCUACUCAGAGGUGACUCUGUGCUCUCAUGGCCAACAAGGGUGAAGAUCCUCAGGGACUGUGCAUCUGUCCUGAGGUUUCUUCACACACACUCCGAUGGAUGCAUUGUACAUAGAGACAUUAUGGUGACAAUAUCCUUAUAUUUUCGAUCCCUCGACAUUAGCAUGCGCACGCAAAAUUUGCGAAGCCAUCUUAUCUUUUGUGUGCUGAAUUCAUUUUUACAGCUUACCAACAUCUUGCUGAGAGAGGACAUGGAGCCUAAGCUGUCUGAUUUUGGGCUAGCAAAAACGCUGCAAAUGGAGGAGACCAAGGUCUUCACAGAUGUGGGGGGAACCAUUGGUUACAUGGAUCCUGAGUACAUAACACACUCCAAGCUUACUUGCGCAAGUGAUAUCUACAGCUUUGGCGUGGUUGUGCUGCAGCUUCUGUCAGGAAGAAAGGUCAUCGAACUUGACAUUGUUCCACGCGAUUCUCUCACCAAGAAGGCCAAAGAUGCAUCGCCCCUCGGCCUCUCCCCGGAGGCAGAGCUCGCGCCGCCGCUCCAGUCACUGGCUGCGCCGCCGGCUUGUCCCUAUCCUCGAACGCCUGUAGAAAUCUAGGAUGAUGAAGAAGAAAUUGGGUGGACAUGGCCCGAACAAUCCAAGAAGAUAAAAGAAGAAAUUGCAUGGGUGCAGUAGAUCGAAGGGAGGAGAAGGGGAAAAAGGAGACCU